CGGGGCUCCCGCGCGCUUGAUCUUCGGCGGGAACUGUUGCUCGCGCCGAGCCGGCUCGGGCUUCUGGAGGCUCCGAGGUGCUCAGCUCCCCGACCGACCUCGGGCAGCCUGCGACCAUGCCGAGGCCCGUGCGGAAUAAGAAACCAGUCGAUUACUCACAGUCUUUGGACUCAGACUAUGAUGAUGAUGAUGAUUUUGCUCCUUGGACUGCAGCUUCAAACAAAAAAUCGAAAAUACCAAAGGAAACAAAACGAGAAAAACAAGAGAAACCAAAGUCAAAAAAUAGCCAUAAAGAAGAAUCUCCACUCCAAGUGAAAACACCUAAUAAAAGGAUGGCCUUGGACGACAAGCUCUAUAAGAGAGAUUUAGAAGUUGCACUAGCAUUAUCAGUGAAGGAACCUUCUAUAGCCACUACUGAUAAGCAGAAAUCUCAAGAUGUUGAAAAAUGUGAUACUGCUGAAUCUGAAAAAGUGAAUAUUUCUCCUCACCUCUCUAAUUGCAGUAUAGAUGGUGUUUGCUUCAAUUUAAAUAAGAUUACUGAGGAAGAUGAUUCUUAUGCUGGGCAUAGGCCAAGAAAAGCUGCAUCUAAAGCUAUGGUACAACAGAGGAAAUUACUUAGAGAAAAUAGUGAAGAGGAUAAUGUUACUGACUCUGAACCAGACUUUACAAGUGAAAGUAAUUCUAAUUUCAGUGAAAGUGAGGGGGAAGAUGAUGAAGAUUUUACGACAAGGAAAAAUAAAGCCAAAGAAAAUAAAAAGAGAAGUGCUAAGGUCAAAGCCCCAGUGGAAAAGAAAGAAAAGAAAGCUUCUAAGACCUCUCACAGUUUGGUAGCUCCAGUGGUCUCUCAUCCAGCACCUGCUGAAUCAAAACCAGCACCAAAUGAAGUUUGUCUGUCUUCACAGCUUGUUAGGAAGCCAUUACAAACACUCAGCCCUUUAGCUAAAUCUAAGAGGCCCAGAUGGGUCCCACCAGCCUCAUCAGGAAGCAGCAGCAGCAGCAACAACCCACUUGGAGGAGUUUCUGUUAAGUCUCCCAGUCAUAGUCUUCGACUUGGCCUGUCCAGACUGGCCCGAGUUAAACCUCUUCACCCAACUGCCAGUAGUACCUGAAAAUGGUGGGAAAGGAAUCUUUGAUAAAUGAAUUCUAGUUUUGAAAGAAUGUUCUUAUUUGCAAAGGGUAAUGACACUCUAAAUACAGUUCUUUUCAAUUUGAUGCAGAAAAUCUUAAAUCCUAAAAAAAGGGGGUUUGUAAAGAACUGUCUUCUAAUUCAUUUGCUUUUAAAGAACACAUUUAAUUUGGAAUAACAAGUCAGGUGAUGUCAGUUUUGGAAGUACGAAAUGUAUGAUAGAAUGUAGUAACAGUUGUAUACUUGUAGGCAAUUAUGGCUUAGUGUAAUUUAUGUCAGCCUAGUUUUGUAGUUUAUUGAGAAAGGAAAAUUACAAUUACACUUUCCUAUCUUCAUGUAAGACAUCUUGUAAAAGCUAAUUAAGCUAAAUCAUAUGUUUUAUUGUAAGGAUGUUUCAUAUUUUAAUAAGAAAAAUAUUUUUCUAAUAAAAACGUA